UUCUAGAAACAGACAGUAGCCUGUCUCAUCCCAUCCUCCCUCUCUCUGCCAACAGAACCUCAGCACACGGUCCCCAGGGAGAAGGGUUUCUUGUUGUGCUUUUGAAGGAGAAGGAAAAGAAAAAAGGGUGAAAGAGAAGAAUACCUGACGUGUUUGCCUCAGCUACCAGCAGCAGACGGAGUCCCUCUAAACCUACACCUACCUACCCACCGGCCGGGGAGCUGCCUGCAUCCGAUAAGGGAUCUAGUCCACAAAAUCAAGUGUGGAGGGGAGGGGGUGUGGAGCAAAGAAGUCGUAUUGGAGAGAGGGAGAAGAGACACCGAGGGAGGGGAAAAGGUCAGGGACACGGGGGGGUUAUCGCACUGCUAGAAAUAAGGAGAGUGUCUACACAAACGCUUUGGCAGACGAAACCAAGGAGACGAAGUGAAAUAAACCAGCAAACCCCGCUCCGGCACUGGCAACAUUUUUUCACAAGGAGUAUUGAGGAUUUUAAAACCUUUUCGAUCUCUUCCAGAAGCAGUUUUUGGGCUUUGGUGAAGUCCAGGCAGCAGAGACUGAAUUUUGGACCGUGCGUAAUUUGGAGAGUUUAUUGCCGCGCUGCGUCAUGAUGCGCGUCUGUCCUCUGCUGGUCUUCCUCUGCCUACUGUGCGCUGGACGCGCUCAAAAGUUCUCCGCUCUCACGUUCCUGCGGGUGGACCAGGAUAAGGAGUGCAACAUGGAAUGCAGCGGAGUACCCCGCAAACCUUUAUGCGCCUCCGACGGCAGGACCUUCACGUCUCGAUGCGAGUUCCUCCGAGCCAAGUGCCGCGACCCCCAGCUAGAGGUCAUCCGAGGGCCAUGCAAAGAUACAUCCAGAUGUGUAGCAGAGAAGAAGUACACAGAGCAGCAGGCCAAGAAGCUCUUCCCGCAGGUCUUUGUGCCUGUGUGCAACCCUGACGGUACAUACAGCGAGGUUCAGUGCCACAGCUACACUGGAUACUGCUGGUGUGUUACACCCAAUGGCCGACCCAUCAGUGGCUCAGCAGUGGCCAAUAAAAAACCUCGGUGCCAAGGAUCAAAACAAGAGAGAGCUACCACAAGAGAGCCAGGUAAAGCAGUCUCCUUGCAAAUAUUCUCCAUUCUAAAUGCAGAUGAGACCGGCCUAGUGGUGGACCCACAGCCUGCUGGCGAUGAAGAAGACAUCAUUUCCCAGUACCCCACUCUGUGGACGGAGCAGGUUCGCAGCCGACAGAACAAUAGAACCAGAGCACCAUCCUCCUCAUGUGAUCAGGAGCAGCAGUCGGCCCAGGAGGAGGCGAGGCAGCACAAGAACGACGCCGUGUUCGUACCGGACUGUGCCUUAGGAGGACUGUACAAGCCGGUCCAGUGCCACCCCUCCACUGGCUACUGUUGGUGUGUGCUCGUGGACACCGGUCGGCCCAUCCCCGGGACCUCCACCAGGUAUGAACAGCCAAAGUGUGAUGGCAAUGCCAGGGCCCACCCAACUAAACCUAAGGACCAUUACAGAAGCAGACAUCUUCAAGGCUGUCCUGGGGCAAAGAAAACAGAGUUCCUGACAAGUGUUCUUGAUGCGCUGUCGACAGACAUGGUGCACGCCGUCACAGAUCCUGCAUCUGCCGGAAGGAUGGCCGAGCCUGACCCCAGCCACACCCUGGAGGAGAGGGUGGUCCAUUGGUAUUUCAGUCAGCUGGACAAAAACUCAAGUGGUGACAUUGGGAAGAAGGAGAUCAAGCCUUUCAAGCGCUUCCUGCGCAAGAAAUCCAAGCCCAAGAAGUGCGUGAAGAAGUUUGUGGAGUACUGUGACAUCAGCAACGACAAGGCACUUUCUCUGCAGGAGCUGAUGGGUUGCCUCGGGGUGACCAAAGAAGAGGGAGCCAAACCAGGAGAAGGCUUAACUUCCAGUAAACUAAAUCAGUCGAAGAAGCAAGGCUAAGUCGCCGCUGAGAUUUCCCCCUCCUGCAUGGAGAACCUGCCCUCACCAAUCGGCAAUGAUGGAAACCAUAGUAUUUGCACUUUGUACUUUAAAAAAAAUGUAAAUUCACUUUGUAGAAAUAAGGUAUUUAAACAGACUGCUGAAUCUGUGAAUGAUGUAGUUAGCUCUUUAUGUCCUGACAAACAAAAAAUAUUUAACACAUACAAUGUAUGUGUCCUUUGUGUGUCUAAAAAAGUGUACUUUUCAGAGUUGUACAAGUUUUAAUGUUGAUGUUACAUUUUGUGCCCCCUCUCCUCAUUGUACUUUUCAUGUCACACUGAUGAUUGUGUGGAUAUUUGCUUACAAUAAUUUAGAUCAUUCCAUCACUCAUGUCCUGACCUACAGCAUCUGUUCCUGUGCUUUGUACAGCACUUUGAAAGAAUGUUUUAAACAUGCAUCAUAAAAACGUCCUACGUGUUCACAUGUAUUCAUGUCUAUUAGAAAUAAAGAACUCUUUUAUACAUUC